AUGACGACGCCCGAGGUUUACCACGACGACGUUGAGCUACAUUCUUACGAGGACGAAACGGCUAUCGCGGAAGAGCCGGAUUCACCUCUACCCUUGGAUCCGGACCACAGAAUGAGUGAUACGCAACCAAGAUGGCUACAAGACGCACCUUCAAUCGGCAGCAAAUGGCUCCAGAGGGCUACUGACGGCACAAAGGCAUUGCCUCGGUGGCUGGAUCAAAAUCAUACUUCAUGGCUACAGCGAGUGGCAGACUUAAUUCGACCCCGGUUUACUGUGGCUUAUAUUCUGAGUGCCAUAGUAGCUCUCUAUAUACUAUAUUGCUACAUUGUCUGGUCGCCGCUUUUCGCCUCAAAGCUCCCGCAGUAUACCGGUCCUCAUGACGUUGGUACCAUCGACAUCGAAGUUCCUGUACAGGAUCCGCGGCAAGUAGUUGAUGCAGUCUUCAAGGCCGACGGAAAGCCCGCGUUUCAACUGGACACGGUUCUCUUCACGCUCUACUACCCCGCUGUCAAAGGAGCUCGAAGUUCCAAGCCGCAACACAAAUGGUUUCCCAAGCCGAUCAGUUUGAUUGCGGAGGGUUAUGCUACCGCGGCGCAUUUCAACAACUUUUUCUCAAGACCGCUCUUUACUUUUGCGCUUUGGGGUCUAGCGUCCAGCAUAGAUAUUCCCGCCAAGGUGGACGUGGCCUUGCUGGGUGACUCGGAAAAGACUGAUAAGGACAAUCUGAUGCAAUGGCCUGUCGUCGUACUUUCUCAUGGCGAUGUAAGCGCUCGUACUGAUUACACUGCCUAUUGUGGUGAGCUCGCGAGUCGUGGAGUAAUCGUGGCCGCUAUUGAACAUCGAGACGGAUCUUGUCCAGGCACUAUAGUGCAUUUGCCUGAUGGAAAGAAGAAGAAUGUGAUCUUGUUCAGAGCAUCCCAGCUGAAGCCAGAGGAUCCGGACAGCGAGAUCUCCAACGAUGAUUGGAGAUUCAAGAAAUUAGCCUUCCGAGAUUCUGAAAUCCAGGAGACGAUUCGCGUUCUGAAGGGUCUCAAUGCUGGAAGUGGCGGGAACAUCUUCGAUCAGAACUACCGCAAGGAAGGGAAAACCUUGGAAGAGUGGAAGAAUCGACUGGACAUGUCCCAAGUGAUCAUCGCAGGGCAUUCUUUCGGAGCUACAGGAGCCAUGCAAGCUUUGAAAAGUGCCAAUAAAACCAUAGCAGACGAAGGCAACAGUGGAUACCGUAAUCCUGCAAUCGGUGGCAUCAUCCUCGACCCUGGUAAAGAAUCCGGACGCUUGAACACAGACAUCGACGUCCCGCUCCUCCUGGUCCAUUCCGACUCCUGGUCGAAAGCACACACAAUCUUCUACGGUCGACCACAUUUCGACACUGUCCGUGAUAUCGCACUUGACGUGCUCAAGCGGUGCGGAGCGACCUGGUUCAUGACUUCUCUGAAAACGUCACAUCCCAGCGUUACUGACGCUCCCCUGAUCGAGCCGCUGCUGUUAUCAUGGACCACUGGGGCUACGAUCAAUGUGAAAGAAGGGCUGAGAGAGUACGUCAGAGUGAGCAUGGAGUUCUUGCAGUACCUAAAGGAUGGCACGAGGGAGGGAGUGCUCGAUAUUGGUGCUACGCAUGAGUCGUAUGGAAAUGAUACGAGGACGGAUAUGCAGAAGGAGAAGAUGGAUGAAAGUAUCACUAAGUACUGGGAGGUUCAUGUUGCGCCACCGCCGGGUUUUGUAGAGGACGAUAGCUGA